CUGAACGCCUGGAGAAUAACACCACCAAGAACCCCACUCUCCAUCGGUCACUUGUUGCAGCUAGACCCAGGCACCAGACCGUUAGCUUAACGAGUGAGCAAUGGCAACCGUCAGCGCCGCCGGAGCCGCCACCCUCGUCGCCCGCGCCGCAGUCGCCAGGCCGUCGCGGGCUCAAGGUUGCUGCACGGCUGCAGGGCUGCCUCGGCUGAGAGUGAGAGCCGAGAAGGUGCGGUGCGGCGCCUACUCAAAGCAGCAGGACGGCGACGGCAAGGCGCCAUCGGCUCCGGCCGGCGCGUCCCUGCUCGCCGCGGCGAGCGCGAUGACGGCGUCGCCGGCGCUGGCGCUGGUGGACGAGCGGAUGUCGACGGAGGGCACCGGGCUGAGCCUUGGGCUGAGCAACAACCUGCUGGGGUGGAUCCUGCUGGGUAUGUUCGGCCUCAUCUGGUCCCUCUACACCGUCUACACCUCCACCCUCGACGAGGACGAGGAGUCCGGCGGCCUCUCGCUGUGAUUAGGCAUGUGAACCUUUGGUUUCUAGCUGUUUUUCGAUCUGCCUGACCUGAUUUCGAUCUGUGUAUGUGAGCAUGGCGGUGUGUAAUCGGUGCAACUGGAGACAUAGUUGUCUGUAAUUGAGUUGUUGCAUCCGAGAUGUUGAUUAUUAGUUGUUUUAUGGGAGAAUUGUGAUUUGCACAAA